AUGGCUGAUCCGUUGAAAUUACUUCAUGAAUAUGCUGUUGGUCGACGGACUAUGCGGGAAAUCAAGAGCGUUCUUUACGUUUUUCAGGGUAAUCAACGUUAUUAUGUGUUUGGUGACGCAGCGUACCCCCGUGAUGUCAGGACAAAUUUAACAGUUUAUGGCAGACAAAAUGAAUAUUAUACUUUGGAGUCGUUACUGCUGUUAUGGGAAAAUCGAGAAAUGCAGCACACUGCAUAUGUUAAAGAUGCCUCUGGUAAAGGCAUACAGUGUGUUACCAGACCAGACAGACGUGAACUUUUGGCAUAUCUCAAAGGAGAAAGAGAGCAACCGCCGCAGACUGUAGACUUGUUAGCGCCUAUUCCAGCGCCAGUCCCGGUUUCUCGGCUUCUUGAUCAGCAUGAACCAGAAGUUAAGAAACCUCGAUAUGAUGGAGAAGAAAAUCGGCAGCGAAUUCAAAAUCUUUUGAAAGGUACUGUGGACGGAAGCAAAGGUGCUGAUGUCGAAGGAGUAAGGGAUCUAAGUGAUAAGCUUACAGCGGACAAAAUUGCUGCCUUGAAAAAUAAGCGAAAAAAAAAUAUGGCGCGGAAUACUAUUAAAUCUGUUGAUGACAGAUUUGGCGCUGCAAUGGAUAUAGAUGUGCCGGAUAUAAAUGAGGAUGCCUUAGAUCGUGAACUAAAGAGUAAGGAACGGGUUUGGAGGAAUCGGUCAAGUGUAAUGGAGGCAGCUUCUAAAGAAUUCACGUCAAUUCUUUCUAUCUUGCACAGUUUCAAACUGCGAGAAGAAGCAGCUCAACGUCAAAAAUCUUCAAUUCCCUUAACAAGAGCAGUGGCAAGUGAUCGAAACAGAGUGCAACCCAUUGGUUACUCUCGCUAUGAUCAGGAAAAGUUCAAUAAAGAUCAAACUGCUGGGUUUAAAAUCGAAACUGGACUUACUUUUCAAGGAGCUUCAAUUAUGUCUGCAUCUGGAGCUAAACCAAUGGUAGUUGAGUCAGCAGCGCCUAUAAGAUCUUUGACACCUGUAGUAGAAAGUGGCACUCCUCGACUUCAGAAGAGGCAAUCACGAACACCAAUUAUAGUCAUUCCAGCUGCUGGUACUUCCCUAAUUACAAUGUUCAAUGUUCGUGAUAUACUACAGGAGAUGCGUUUUGUGACAACUGAAGAGCGUAAAGCGACUUGUAGGCGAGAAAAUGAAGUUCUUAUACAAAGGCUUAAAGCUGAUAGCGUUACAGUUCCUUAUAGAGUUGCUGAAAAUCCUCUUAAGUUCAGUGAUGAUGAAUGGAGUCGAGUUGUUGCUGUUUUCGUUCAGGGACCGGCUUGGCAGUUUAAAGGUUGGAGGUGGGGUGGUAACCCAACGGAUAUAUUUGCUAAUGUAGCAGCUUUUCACUUAAUGUAUGAUGACCAAAAAAUGGAUAAUAAUGUGGCAAAAUGGAGUGUUAACGUCUUGAAAUUAUCUCGAACGAAGCGUCAUUUAGAUCGUGCUAUACUAGCUCGUUUUUGGGAGACGCUUGAUCGUUAUAUUAUAAAAAAUAAGCCUCAUUUAAGAUAUUAG